AUCAAGCAUAUAAAUUAUCAAGCAUCAGUUAUUUUUCAUACUUGUAUUAUUUAUUUUCAUAAAAUUUUUUAAAUGUUACAGUGUAAAAAAUAUGGAAAAUAUAAAGUUAAGUCCAUCAAUGGCUUUAAAAUUAAAAACUAGAAAUAAUGUCAAUAGAAUUAGACACAGUUCUCCAAAAUUACAAGAAGUUUUAAGAGAGAGAUGUCGAGAGAGAAUGCGAGAAAAACGAGGGCAGUUAUUUAAUAGAAAUAGAUUUGGUUUAGAAAUAAAUUCAAAAAAUGUACAAGAUACAUUAACUGAAAUUGUUCGUAAAGAAUUAAAUAAUCUGGCUACUACAGAUUUAAAUCCAAUUUUGAAUCCCUUUUUUGUAAAUGAACCACUUGAUCCAGAAGAAGCAAUUGAACUUGAAGCUAAAAUACUUGAUGAAGAAGAACAAUGGAUAUUAGAAGAAUAUGAAAGAAUGGUUCAAGAAGAAAUUGAAAUAUUAGCACUUAAAGCAGAUCAACAAGUAAAUGAAGUUAUUUGUCCUAUAUGUCAGAAAUCUAAUUUAAUAGAAAAAGAAAAUAAAGUAGCUUGUGAAUCUUGUGAUUUUGUAUUAAACAAUUGUCUUAGUGUGAAGGAAGUAGGAUGUCUUAUUAAUAAUUGUGUAAAUAUUCAUUCUAUACAAUGUAAGGAAUUACCUGGUUUCUUGCCACUUUUUGAAAAUGAUAAGAUGUCUUUAUAUCUAAUUUGUGAUGAAUGUUCAACUUGGACACCUAUAAUAUAGAUUUUAAUAUUCUUCAAUUAGUGAAGAUUUUUAAAAUUUAUGAAAUUGCUGAAAAAAAAUUAUAUUUUUUCAUCUUAUUAC